AUGGCGACCGAUGAGCCAUCAAACUUGGCGCCGGCUGCCCAGGCCGCGACUCAGGAACUACCCAUUCGCACAAAUUCCACAUCCAACGCCUCACAACGCGAGAAUGGCGCUGCAUUUGACAUCGUCCGGACCUAUCGCGAGCUCCUCAAUUCCGAUCGUGACCUCACUAUGGGCGUCGCUGCGAUCGAAUCCCUGAUUGAGCUGCUCCGGGCAACCUCCUCUUCGACCGCAAUGGAGCUGGUCGAAACCGUUAAGAAGGAAAAAGCCAAGCUCCUCGCCUCAGCACCCAACCCCCUCCCCUUACUCGCCGGAGCCGACCUGUUCGAGCAGUACCUUCUGCGGUCGCUUAGAGGGCCAACCGCGACAGGCACAGGGAGCGGCUCCGACCGCGUGCUGAGCUUCGAGGAGACUCGCCAGCACCUCCUCGACAACAAGGACCUCUUCGCGCAGCGCGCCAAGGCCGACCGCGACAGCAUCGCUAUUUGGGGCAGCCGGUACGUGUCGGACGGGCGCAUCGUACUGACCGCCGGCGGCAGCCGCACCGUCACCAAGAUCCUGCUGCGCGCCGCGUCCGACGCCAGCAAGCACUUCAAGGUCAUCUACAUCGUCGACGGGCACAACAAGCGCAGCGACGUGGCCGUUACCCAGCUGCGCGAGGCCGGCCUCGAAGUCGAGACCAUUUCCCCCAAUAAAGUCGCUUACGUGCUCGGCAACCAGAAGCAGAUCAACCUGGUGCUGGUCGGCACCGAGGUGGUGAUGCAGAACGGCGGCAUCAUCUCGGGCAUGGGCACGGCGCAGCUGGCGCACCUGACCAAGACGGUCAAGGGUGGCAUUAAGCGGUUCUAUGUCGCCGCCGAGACCCACAAGAUCUGCCGCAAGACGCCCAUCGCCUACCCCAUGGUGAACCGGGUCGGUGUCAACCAAAAGGACAUUAGCAAGUUUGACAAUGUCGGCGUCGAGCUCGAUGUCCCCAGCAUGGUGGCCGAGCAGGACGAGGUCGACUACACGGAUCCCGAGCUCAUCGACGGGAUAAUCACCGAGCAAGGGGUCAAGAUGACGUCGCAGAUUUGGGAGAUGGUGGAUAACUAUAUUUGA